AUGGUGACGGAGAAUAAGAAGAAGCGCGGCUUGAUUAUCGUCUCAAACCGUCUUCCACUAUCUGUCAAGGAAGAAAAUGGUACAUACAAGUCCAGCUUAUCCAGCGGUGGACUUGUAACAGCCCUGUCGGGUCUGACAAAGUCAACGAACUUCCGCUGGUUCGGCUGGCCUGGCAAGGCUAUCGAGGACCCAGAGGAGCAGAAAAAGGUCUCAGACGCUCUAGCAGAGAAUAGCGCGGUGGGAAUCUUCCUGAGCGAGCAGUUGGCGCAAGACCAUUACAACAAAUUCUCGAACUCCGUCCUUUGGCCCAUUCUCCAUUACCAGUCUGGAGUUGCCUUCAAUGAAGAUGCAUGGGAAGCGUAUCAGCGUGUGAACGAGAUCUUCGCCGAUACGGUCGCCAAAGAAGCGGCUAAUGGGGAUCUUAUCUGGGUUCAUGAUUACCAUCUAUUGCUCCUGCCUUCUCUCUUGCGUGAGCGACUGAAGAAGCAAGGGAAGAAUUGCCCGAUUGGAUUUACUUUGCACACCCCAUUUCCUGCGGAGGACUUUUGGAGGGCGAUUCCUGUGCAGAAGGAUUUACUUAAGGGGUUGCUUGCUUGCGAUGUGAUUGGGUUCCACACGGAUGAGUAUCGGCGGAACUUUACUGAGAGCUGUGAACGUAGUUUGGGCGCCAAUGCUGAGAAAGAAGGCCAGCUUGAAUACGAAGGACACACAGCCUGUGUUGGUACGUUUGUGGUCGGGAUCGACCCGCAGAAAUUCAACGACUCUAUGCAAGAUCCGGACGUUCAGAAACGUAUCAAAGAGUUAGAAAGGCGUUAUGAGGGCAAAACUGUCAUUAUCGGUGUGGAUCGGUUGGAUUAUACUAAGGGUCUAGUCCAGAAGCUCGAGGGGUGGGAUCAUUUCCUUAAGACCUAUCCCGAAUUGGAGGGCAAGGUCACCCUGAUUCAAGUGGCUAUACCCAGUCGUGAGGAUGUGAAAGAGUAUCAGGAGCUUGAGGAGGAAAUUUCUACACUUGUCGGCAAGAUCAAUGGAGAGCAUGCUACACCCGAUGGAACACCACUCAUUUACAUGCACCGGUCUGUCUCUUUCACUGAACUAACGGCCUUGUACUGCAUUUCCGAUAUCUGCCUCCUCACCUCCCGAAGAGACGGCAUGAACCUCGUGGCGUCUGAAUACGUGGCUUGUCAGGAGAAUAAGCAUGGAGUCCUUGUGCUCUCCGAACUUGCAGGGGCUGCCUCUUUCAUGUCUGGUGGCAGCGUAACCUUCCACCCAUCUAGUGUACAGGAACUGUCAGAUGCAGUCCACCAAGCAAUCAGUAUGGACGACAAGGAGAGGAAGGAACGAUAUGAGAAUCUACGAGAAUUUAUCACCACCCACACAAGGCAAGUUCCGGAUCUCAUUCUUUUUAUACUUAUACUAAGCUAA